AUGAGAUCAUCCCUCCCACAAAGACAGAUACAGCCAUUCAGUGGAAACCCGCUUGAUUACCAUGCAUUUGUGAGGGCCUUCGAGCACACCAUUGAAUCCAAGAACAACAAUGACAAGGACAAACUGUACUUUUUGGAGCAGUACACCAGGGGCGAAGCGAUUGCCAUUGUAAAAAGCUGCAUGUAUGGUGAAGAAUCGGCAGACGCUCUCGCCAAAGCGAAACUUCUGCUGAAGAAAAAAUUCGGCGACAAGCAUCGCAUCAUUGACAACAUGGUGGCAAAGGCAGUUGGCUGGCCGGACAUCAAGCCAGAGGAUAAAGAUGAGCUCCAUCGCUAUUCAGUGUUCAUCACAGAGCUGUACAACUUAGCCAAGGAUCUCAGCAUGGAGCAGGGGAUCAAUCAUUGA